AUGGAAUUCACCAUUCCAUCUAAUCAUUUUUGUGAUAUGUUUACGGAAGAUUGGAAUAUUUCGAUGACAGCAUUUGCGAAAGUUUCACAUACCGAUGAACGAUUAUGUAUACAGCAAAUCUCACAAAACGAUUCGAUAGCUUCCAGUGAUAAUGAAGAACAAUUUCAAAUUUCGAUUGUAAAUUCAUUAAAUGUAUUACUCACAGGUUGUCUUAUUAGAAUCGAUGGUACUGGCUUAACAUUUUAUGAUUCACCAAUAUCAUGCGGAUCAAUCAAAGCUCAUAACACUUUAACGUUUAUAACGAACGCUGUAAGGAGAACAAAUUUAACUGAAAGAAAAAUUGUUGCCGUAUUUAAUUGUGAUCAAUUAAAAAAUGUACGCACUUAUUUUACAAGCAAUUAA